AUGAGCCCACAGCAUGUGGAGGUCUUUGUGCAGAACUCCGAAUGGUCCGCCUUGGACAGCAGCGACAGCGGCGAUGAGCCCGACGACCGCCGGGACCGCUACGCGCGCAUCGCGCGGGCGCAGCAGCGCACCAAGGCGGCGCAGCACUGGGCGGAGGCGGCGAAGAUGGCCACGGCCCGGCGCAGCCGCAAGGCGCCGGGCCGCGCGUACUCGCUGGUAUCGGCGCCCUCGCUUCAGCUGAGCUUGGUGCAGACCUUGGGCUGUUUUUGGAUAGACACCUGGCUCUCCCUCUUUGCUCUAAUCUAUCUGGUGUACAUACACGACCUGCCGCACGCGCUCUGCCUGCUGCCUUCCCAGCUGCUGGUGGCGGUGAUCCAGGCCUACCUGGCGCUGCACGACUCGGAGCUGGAGCGGCGCCGGGUGUGGCUGAGCGCCAUGAGCUGCGGGGCCUGCUACGCCCUCUGCUUUGACCUCGUGAUCGCGGUCGUCUGCGGGCUGUUCUGCGCAUACACGCUGGUGGUGAUCUGUCGGAUCUGUGCCGAGGGUGUCCCAGACAAGGUCCAGAACUUUAAGACGCCCACAGGUGGGCCGUUCGAGAGCGUGGACUGGAUGUUCAGCCGCCGCAGCUUCGGCGGCGGGGACGUGGGCUCCUUUGAUUGCCUCAUCCGCUUCAUGACCGGCGCACCCCGGGUGGUGUGCUUUCUCCAUCUUCUGAGCGGCGCAAGGCUCUGGGAUCGCAGCUCCUGGAUGUUCCUCAUAGCGCUUGCCUUCAACGUGAGCAACAUGCUGCAAGCGAUGGUGCUCUUUGACUUCAAAGUCUCCGCUUUCAUCCGCAGGGAGUACAACAACCUGCACGGAAAGAAGUUCUUCAAAGGCCGGCAUUGCCUGCUGCGGCUGCUGGAGCUGCUGCUGCGCGCGCAGGUGCUGGUCCUGUUGGCCAGCAGUCUGAGCUACUUCUACGGCUUCCGGUCUGCCGCGUCCGUUCUGUUCCUGGACUACUUGGUGGGUUUGGUGGCCCUGGGCGUGCUCGCUGGCUGCUCCCCCAAGACGCUGAUCAUCAGUCUGUCGCUCUACAUGGUGGACGUGAGCCGCUAUGUCGACCAGCAAGGACUGGUGACGCCAGCGCGGCGCCUGUCGCUUUGGAUCGCCUGUCAGCGCGCCGCCUUGUUGAUGUGCACGCUGGUGCUGGCCUGGCCCUUCUGGGGGCCCAAUGGCUGCUGCUGCAUGCUCGCCUUCUGGGGCGCCCAGGCGGUGAUGAGUUUCUCCCGCGCGGGGGCGCGGCCCUCGGACCUGCACGCGGCGGCCAAGCGCGGGGACCUGCGACAGCUGCACGAGCGGCUCAAGGAAGGCUACGACGUGUCGCGGCGCCAGUGCACGCCGCUGCAGCAGACGCCUUUGCACCUGGCGAUCGCCUUUGGGCACUUGGCCUGUGCGCAAGAGCUGCUGACGGAAGGGGCGGACCCCCACAUGCCCGACGGCAACGGUGACACGGCCCUGCACUACGCGUGCCGCCUAGGCGAUGAGGCCUUGAUACAGCGACUUCUGGCGCCCUUGCCCGAGGCCGGGGAGGACUAUGUGGUGCGGAACGUGGCGCAGCGCAACGUCUGGGGCCAGUCCCCGGCGGAGCUGGCAGAGACCUGCUCACAGUGGCUGAGGCAGAACCUCAGGGAGCUCGAGCAGCAGGAGCUGAAGGAUUGCCAGGAGCGUAGAGAUGCCCCCAAAGUGGAGAGGUGCGACGCCGAGGAGCUGGCGAAGUUCUUCGGGCUGCCCUGGGACCGCCACGAGUACGCCAAGACCCCCCCGGACGUGGACAAAGGCCUGAAGUCCGGCCUGGUGUCGUUCCUCUUCUCCCGGAGCGUGGGGGACCAACUGGCGCGGGUGCUGGACGGCCUGCGCCAGGACAAGGACGGGUUCCACAUCAUGUCCCUGAAGCCGGUCAAGGCUCUUGGCUCCGGAGGAUUCGGAAAGGUGCUGAAGGUCUUGGACAAGCGCACGCAGAAGCACUACGCCAUGAAGCUCCAGCCCAAGGCUGGAACCGGGCCCCCGGCUUUUGGGUUCCUGGACGCCUCAGCAGAAUUCACCAGGUUGGGUCAAGAUCCCGAGAUUCCCUAUCUUCACUAG